UGUAGGAGGGGAUAGACGUUCAGCCACUCGCGCUCGGAUACCACCGUUGAGAUGUUAAAUUUUUAUGUAACGUGUGCCGUGCCAUUCGGGUAUAUACAAGAUAUAGACUUUGACAGUGAGGGUAUACAGUCGGAUAUGCUCUGGCACAACCUGGAGACUCGCAGAGGGUUGCCACCUCUGCCGGAUGUGAUCCUCAGCAACACUCCUCCUCCCUCACCACUACGUCGAGCACACUCCUACCUCUCAUUCUUCCCUGAGAAGCCCACCCACGCCCUUCCCACGCCUCCCCUGGCCCCACCUGCCCUCGACACGCCCCCACUUACGCCCUCAGAGACCCACGCCCGCGCCGCCUCCGUCGAACACAUUCAAGAAGUCCGUCGUAGAUUACAGAAUGACCACCCGGAGCCACAGUCACCCCACACCCUUCCCCAGCUCUCCUGGCCCCUGCCUCGCCCCCAGGAAGAGGGCAGCCAGGAAGAGAGGGAAGGAAACCAGGGAGCAGAGGGAGAGAGGGGUGACGACGAGCGUCGCUGGAGGAUGGUGGGACGGGAUCUGCAGAAAAUAGCUGACGAAUUUCAACUCCACCAUGGCAAGGUGGGCGUCAAGCGUGAGAGUGAGGAGGAGACGCUGAACCUGUCUGUGCCUGUGGCCCUCACCAGAUGCCUCUCAGCCUCCAUCCUCUUCCUGGUGUGGUGGAGACUCUUCAACAAGUUCCACUGAUCAUGCAACCCUGCACCGUCCUCUCCUUCCUGUGCGGAUUUCUCCGGUGCCACUCUGGGAUCAGCCGGGAGGACUUGCUUAGAGUUCCUCUGUGGCAGCAGUUGAGGAACUCAGGUUCCUCUUCAGGAGGCAUUUCAGGAGACUGGCCUCGUAUUUCGCGCCUCCAGAGUCCUCGACGGGGACUUCCGUUAUUGAUCUGCCACUACCCUGGCGUCUUUCACAAUAAUAGAUUUAAAUAAGUUUCUCACAAACAUUCUCAAAGAAAUUUCGCUCAGUUCUCCGAUGUCACCAGUGUUGCAGAUAUCCCAAAAGCUGAAGUCAGUUCCCGAAAGACUGGCAACGAUUGGAUUGGCCAGGGAUAUUUCCUGUUGGCUGUUUCCCGUUCACAGCUAGUGUAGGAGAACCGGCCUGGGCCGAACAGUGCUCAAAAACCGCUUGUCGGUGUUCUCUGAAGGACCGAGUGUGAGCGGGUAGUGGGCAUUUGGUGCCCACAAAACUUGGUGUAGCUUUAUCAAAGGUAAACGACGGAUCUCAUUCGCCAAUAGUAUUUGUGCACACCGCUUCGACCCUCUGGGUCACUGUAAAGGGGAACGUCUACGUCUACGCCAGACGUCGUUGUCUACGCCAGGCGUCGACUCGAGUAGUUUCCUUGAGCGGUGAGGUUGUAACGAAAGGCAGGAUUUUGAUCCCUUUCAGUCCCCUUUUUUCUCCCCUUUUAUGUAUAUAUUCUCAAACUGGACUUGGACCUUCUUAGGAUUCCAACUGGAAAUUGGUCUGAAUGCUUUAUGUAAAUACAUUUUAAGAUGAGUCUCUAAUUCCAGCUUUCAGUACACACAUGUGAAGCGUUGUAUGUGAUUCAUGCAUUGCCAUAACGUAAGUUGAAUUAAGUUUAAUUUGUGGGAACAUUUCUGCCAUUAUUAUGGGCAUUACACUUGACCAAAAUCUUGCCUUUUUUCCGCUUGUGUACAUAGCCUAGCCUUACUGAUCCUCUAAGUCAUAAUAUUUUUAAGUAAUAUUUCUCUCCUGGACACGAUCAAGCCACUCUCUCUCUGGUAUUAAAUGUGUCAAACUUCUCUCAGAGUCACUAGCGAGCAGAGACAUUAAACGUUGUAAUGAGUAUGUAAAAAAAAUAACGUGUGGUUUGAGAGAUAAAGCGUGUCCACGGUCAUCAAAGCUAUAAGACGUGAUAAUUAUAUAUGUAAAAAAUACUCCGGAUGACGGACUCAAGGCUUGAAAAGCGAUUGGUUGUUUUGGCGAUGAGCGUUAUAGUUUUUUCUCUCUAGUAAAUAAAUCCUGCUCGCUGAUUGGUAGCUGAUGUUGACCGUGUAGAAGUCGCCAAGUCUUGGGUCCGAAUCUGGCUUCUGUAAAGUAAUUAAGGCUCUUAAAACAAGUGUAAUAAGUACCUUAAUUGCUUAUAUCUGUUUUAGCCUGAGCUGACCUGGCUCUCUAUACGAAAUAACUUCUCUAAACCGAAUUCAAAGUGCUUUAAAAGUAUUAAUUAUUUUUAUCUCUUGAUAGUACGUCAAAAUGCCUAAAUGGAUAAAACAGUUGAAAAAAAAAAUAUAUGUCUGACUUAAUACAAUAUUCGGUUUACUGAAGAUUUUUCGUAUUGUCUAGCGGUGUUGCCAGUGAUUAAUGCGAUCCCUUCUACUGAGUGUGUAACUAUAUGUAAAUAGAUUUUUUUUUUUACUCAUGGAUAUCGUAGGAGAGAUUCAGUACUUAACUAUUUUGAUUUAACUCGAAGAAUACAAGUGACCUUGAUCAAAAACAAAGAUUUUAAACUGUGUGUUGGAAUGGACGGUACACUGGCAACACUGUGAACCCCCUAGUCAGCAUUAUCAGCAAUCAAAAUGAUCUCCAUUAAUUCUUUUGGCCAACCUUGGACACUACUGCGUGGUGUGCCUUCGUUUCUGUAAAUGAGGUGGAAAAACUUAUCCUCACUUCUUAUGAUGUGAUCUUUUGACCUUUUUUUAUCGGGGUGGACUGGUAAGCCAGCGAAAGGCCUCGGUCAUGUGACCAAAAGCUGUAGUGUGUGGGUCAUCAUGUGACUAAGUGGUACCAGCGUAAGGAGCAAUUUUCAUACCUCUUCUGUCUUUACCAACGGAGGCGUGAUACAAAGCAAGUCUUAAUUUUGGACUGGGCUUAAUCAAGUCUCUCUAGAUCGAAACUUAAACAAAUGUGAAGUGUAAUAUUACGCGUCUCGUUGCCCCAGUCACCUCUGGAGGGCCGGUCGUUGAGCCAACACCCGCACGAGGAAAAAUACUUGCACAAAUCACCUCUUACCUCCCCAUGACUGUCUUUGCCAGCUGUGUCCUUGCUGUGUCUAGCCAUUUUCGUCCAGUUGUGUCCUUUCUGUAUCCAACCAUCCUAGCCUCCAGCUUUCACAAGACCUUGAUUAUUUUACACUAAUAAUUAUUUUAUUGACGAAAAAUUUUCUUGUUUAUUAUUUAACUAAAAAUCAUAAACCAAUUAAAAAAAUUUAAUCGAUUUUUCUAAAUAUGAAAAUUCACUUGUUUACAUUGUGUAUUCGUAAAAAUAAUUAUGACACAAGUAAUUAAAAUUGACAGUACCAGAUGCUGGAGUUCCAGAAGACGAGGAGGUGAGAGGAGUCGUUAGAACCAGAACCUCUUAGAAAGUGUUGCGAGAAUCGCCCCUACGGCGUCUUAAAUGUGCAGGUGUUAUCAUGGACGUUUAAUAUUGCCAAACAGAUUAAUCGUGUAAUAGUUUUACCUUCUCGUAGGUCAUGAAAGGUACCCUAAUUACCUUUGUAUUUAAAAUCUAAUAGUUUAGACUGAGUUAUGAUCCUGACCUGUAACAGUGGAAGUCUUUUCAGACGUAUA